AUGGCGACCCCCUUGUGUCAGUGUUAUCAGAUAUGUGUGAGAAGAGGCUUGGUGGCGUUCCCUUCCUCUUACCUGCUACAUCACAACAGACCCAAUGUCUUCAGGAUACGUGGGUUCCUCACAAGCUCUUCACAGGUGCCUCGGCAACCGCCUCUGCAAGUAAGGUAUUUGUCAGGGGAGAGAGGUGGUGGCAGAAAAGGGUUCUUGGGGGAGUUUCUGGACAACCUGAAACAGGAGCUUAACAAAAACAAGGAAAUGAAAGAAAGCAUCCAGAAGUUCAGAGAAGAGGCCAAAAAACUGGAGGAGUCAGAUGCUUUGAAACAAGCUCGAAGGAAAUAUAAAAAUAUAGAGUCUGAAACUGUGAAGACCUCUGAGGUUCUCAGGAAGAAGCUGGGAACCAUCUCUGAGACAGUUAAAGAGGGGAUAGACGAGGUCAGUCGAACAGAAAUUGGGAAGAAAAUCAAGGAGGGAAUGGAGGAAGCGGCCAAAACAGCUAAGACUUCUGCAGAGUCUGUCUCUAAGAGUGGAGAGAUGUUGGGGAAGACUGGUGCGUUCAGAGCAAUAUCUCAGGGCAUGGAGAGUGUGAAGAAAGAGAUUGGCGACCUGGGUCACACUGGCCCUUAUCGGCCUCCUGCCAGACUCAGGAAGAGGAGUGAGUUCUCCUCCAAGGGUGGAGGCGAUGACAGCAAGGUCUUCGAGGCCAAUGAGGAAGCUAUGGGUGUGGUGCUCCAUAAAGACUCAAAAUGGUACCAGCAGUGGAAGGACUUCAAAGACAACAAUGUGGUGUUCAAUAGGUUCUUUGAGAUGAAGAUGAAGUACGAUGAGAGCGACAAUGCCUUUAUCAGAGCAUCGCGUGCUGUCACCGACAAGAUGACCAACGUCAUAGGCGGACUGUUUUCUAAGACGGAGAUGUCUGAGGUGCUGACAGAGAUUUUGAAGGCGGAUCCUUCCUUCGACAAAGAUUCCUUCCUCAAGCAGUGUGAACGAGACAUCAUCCCUAACAUACUGGAGGCGAUGAUCAGAGGGGAGCUGGAGGUACUGAAGGACUGGUGUUAUGAAGCGACAUACAGUCAGCUGGCACACCCAAUUCAGCAAGCUAAGGCCAUGGGACUUCAGUUCCACUCUAAGAUCCUGGACAUUGACAAUAUUGAUUUGGCCAUGGGGAAGAUGAUGGACCAGGGUCCAGUAUUGAUUAUCACCUUCCAGGCUCAGUUAGUCAUGGUGAUCCGAAACACCAAAGGAGAAGUUGUAGAGGGAGACCCUGAAAAAGUGCUCAGGAUGAUGUAUGUGUGGGCUCUGUGUCGAGACCAGGAGGAGCUCAACCCAUAUGCUGCCUGGAGACUACUUGACAUCUCUGCAUCUAGCACUGAACAGAUCCUCUAAGACUCUUUGAUGAGCACAAAACACACUCACCUAGGGAGAGAACAUACUGUACCUGAACAUGCCCUGGAGCUGGAUGGGAAGAAAGGGAAGGGCUGGGGGAGAGGAAGGCAUGUGGAGAUGAGGGACAGACAAGUGGGGCAAGGGCUCACUUCACAACAGAAACAUUGUGGGGAAGUGCUGCUUAACACUUGGUUCUUCACUGUCUCUUUUUUUUUUUACUGCCCUGGCUUUGGGUUCAGUUUUCUUCGAAUGCUUGACACUAUUCCUCUGGCUCACACUAGGGGGCGGUAGUCUAUCAACAACUGUCAUCAACUGUACUUUACUUUCUGCAAUGCCUUCAUGGCAGUCCAUUUAUUGAAUCUGUAUGGUGCAGGACAGCUGUUGUUGGAUAAAUUAAGUUAUUUAACUUAGGUUGAGCUCUUUUAUUAUAAGUAUGAGAGAAGAAAUUGUGAAAAUGAAGGGAGUAAAUUUCUACCUGAGCCCCUCAACUGCAGUUUGGUCUUGAAAAUCUCAAACAUCUAUACCACCUUCCGCUGUUUAAUCUGUACCUUGUACUCUCUCUUCCUCUCUGAGGUGUUGUCAUCUUGGUGGUGGUGGUGGUUGGUGGUGCUGCAGCCAAUCAGUGCUCUCCUCGAUCCUUUUUGUAUGAUAAUUGUCCAAUAUAAUUGUUUAACUGUGAUAAAGUCUAUAUUUAUUAUGAAAAGUAAAGAUGACCCCUGUUUUUCACACCGGCAGAUAUUUUUGAAAAUAAAUUCCUAUCAAAAUAUUUUUGCCUCUACCCCGCAAAUGGUUAAGCUUGCUUCAGAUCUGGAGGAUAUCAUGGGAUUCCUUCUAGGGCAAUUCUUAAUUAUUUUUUUAAAUUAAGUCCCAGAGUGUGAUUUCCGUUUGCUAUAAUAUUUCCUUUGGGGAAAAGGCUACUUUUGAGUGAAUUUUUAUAGUAAAAUUCCAGAGCACUUUGAAUGAAGUUUAACUGCCCAUGUAAGGUAAACCUGAUUGCAGUCAGGUACACACCAAAUCACUGAGCCUGAACAUGUUCAUUUAUAUGGCUGUCCUGGUCGAGGGGAUGCACAGUAACAAAAAGAUCAGAUUUUCCUGAUGUUACCAAGACCAAAAUGGACUCAUUAGAUUUAAUGUUAUCUCGUUGUACUUUUCAAGUUUAGGGCUCAUCAGCAUCGAUAAUCAAAUCAAAUCAAGUUUACUGAUAUGGCACGUUUAAAACAACCGGAGUUGACCAGAGUGCUGCACACAUUUUGGAUAAAGACACAACCAUAGCACAGCGAGUGAAACGACAUCAGUCUUAAAUGCAGUAGUAGUAGAAAAGACACAAAUAACAUCAAUAAUAUGUGGUUAUUUUCACUGUUUUCUGUUCCUUUGACCUUCUGUGUUGUGAAUGGUCAUAAGUCACUGCUACAUGUGUUCAAUGUGCUGUGUCGUUGCACUGCACACCAGAGCCAUAAGGCCUACAAUCAGCAACCCAGACCUCCUCUCUUGGACAUGGGGACAACAAUAGGGGUUGCACCGACUGCACCAAAUCUUGCCAGUAAUCUCUCAAACGUGUCACAUUAAUCAUCACAUGUCCAGGAUGAUGAUGCUGGGUAGUGUUUGAAACAGUUUGCAUGUCUUCUGCUAGCCAUGUGGGCAAAUAUCCAUGUAUUUCAGUGCAACAUAUUUACUCGGAAUGUGAACAACGACAACAUUUGUAACAGACAACAAGAUGUCAUUACAAGAUUUUUUUUAUUUUGUGUUGGAACAUUAUGGACCUUUUGAUUUGUCAAAGAAUGUAGUUUACACACAAAGCUGCGUGACAUUGAGCCCUUGAGUCCUUCUCUUGUCAAGCCAAAGGAAAUCAUACAGUUUUCCUUCUCUGGAUUUGGCCCAUUUCCACUGUAAGAUGUCACCAACUUAAUUAAAAUCUCUG